AUUGACGGAAGCAGAAAUUGCUUUGCGGCCGGCACGGAAAUUGCUUUCCUUCGGCUUCCGUUCUUGGUACAUGUGAGAGAAGCGGGCUGCUGAGAUGACUGCGAACCGGCUUGCGGAGAGCCUUCUGGCUUUGAGCCAACAGGAAGAACUAGUGGAUUUGCCAAAAGACUACCUCUUGAGUGAGAGUGAAGAUGAGGGGGACUGUGAUGGAGAGAGAAAGCAUCAGAAGCUUCUGGAAGCAAUCAGUUCCCUUGAUGGAAAGAAUAGGCGGAAAUUGGCUGAGAGGUCCGAGGCUAGUCUGAAGGUAUCAGAGUUCAAUGUCAGUUCUGAAGGAUCAGGAGAAAAGCUGGUCCUUGCAGAUCUGCUUGAGCCUGUUAAAACUUCAUCUUCUUUGGCUACUGUGAAAAAGCAACUGAAUAGAGUCAAAUCAAAGAAGACUGUGGAGUUACCUCUUAACAAAGAAGAGAUUGAACGGAUCCACAGAGAAGUAGCAUUCAAUAAAACCUCACAAGUCCUCUCCAAAUGGGACCCUAUCGUCCUGAAGAACCGACAGGCAGAGCAGCUGGUUUUUCCCCUGGAGAAGGAGGAGCCAGUCAUUGCUCCCAUUGAACAUGUGCUCAGUAGCUGGAAGGCAAGAACUCCCCUGGAACAAGAAAUUUUCAACCUCCUCCAUAAGAACAAGCAGCCAGUGACAGACCCUUUACUGACUCCUGUGGAAAAGGCCUCUCUGCAAGCCAUGAGCCUGGAAGAGGCAAAGAUGCGCCGAGCAGAGCUUCAGAGGGCCCGGGCUCUGCAGUCCUACUAUGAGGCCAAGGCUCGAAGAGAGAAGAAAAUUAAAAGUAAAAAGUAUCACAAAGUCGUGAAGAAAGGAAAGGCCAAAAAAGCCCUAAAAGAGUUUGAGCAGCUGCGGAAGGUUAAUCCAGCUGCAGCACUGGAAGAACUGGAAAAAAUUGAAAAGGCCAGAAUGAUGGAAAGAAUGAGCCUUAAGCACCAAAACAGUGGGAAAUGGGCCAAAUCAAAGGCAAUUAUGGCCAAAUACGACCUGGAGGCUCGCCAAGCUAUGCAGGAACAGUUGACCAAGAACAAAGAACUGACACAGAAACUCCAGGUAGCCUCUGAGAGUGAGGAAGAGGAGGGAGAUGGAGAAGAAGUGGAAGAACUCCUUGUCCCUGAUGCAGUGAAUGAAGUGCAGAUGAAUGUGGACAGACCGAAUCCCUGGAUGCUCAGGAGCUGCACCAGUGACACCAAAGAGGCUGCAACCGAGGAGGAGGUCCCUGAGCAGCUGCCAGAGCCUGAGGCCCACGAAGUUUCUGAAAGCGAGGGAGAAGAAAGACCAGUGGCAGAGGAAGACAUUUUGUUGAGAGAAUUUGAGGAAAGGCGAUCCCUUAGAAAAAGAUCUGAGCUCAACCAGGAUGCUGAGCCAGCAGGCAGUCAAGAAACAAAAGAUUCUAGUAGCCAGGAGGUGCUGUCCGAAUUGAAGGCACUGUCUCAGAAAUUGAAGGAAAACCAUCAGUCCAGGAAGCAAAAAGCAAGUUCAGAGGGGACUGUUCCCCAGGUCCAGAGAGAGGAACCUGCCCCAGAAGAAGAAGAGCCCCUGUUGCUACAGAAGCCAGAAAGAGUACAGAUGCUGGAAGAGCUAGAAAAAGAAGAAUGUUUUCAAAAUAAGGAGGUUUCCAGACCUGUGUUAGAAGGGCAUUGGUCAGAGAAGACCCCAAAUAAUCACCCUGAUGCCCCUAAGGAGAAGAAAAAGAAGGAGCAAAUGAUUGACCUACAGAACCUCCUAACCACACAGUCUCUCUCGGUGAAGUCUUUGGCAGUUCCCACAAUAGAGAUGCUGGAAGAUGAAGUGGAGAGAAACCAAAGGCAGAUGAUAAAGGAAGCUUUCGCUGGGGAUGAUGUCAUCAGAGAUUUCUUGAAAGAGAAGAGGGAAGCUGUGGAGGCCAGUAAGCCAAAGGACGUGGACCUGACACUACCUGGCUGGGGCGAGUGGGGUGGUGUGGGCCUAAAGCCCAGUGCCAAGAAAAGACGCCGGUUUCUCAUUAAAGCCCCUGAGGGUCCUCCAAGAAAAGAUAAGAAUUUGCCAAAUGUGAUUAUCAAUGAGAAGCGUAACAUCCACGCAGCGGCUCAUCAGGUACGAGUGCUUCCAUAUCCAUUUACCCACCAUCGACAAUUUGAAAGGACUAUUCAGACCCCUAUAGGAUCCACGUGGAACACCCAGAGAGCUUUCCAAAAGCUGACUACUCCUAAGGUCAUCACCAAGCCAGGCCAUAUCAUUAAGCCCAUAAAAGCAGAGGAUGUGGGCUACCGGUCUUCCUCAAGGUCGGACCUUUCUGUCAUACAGAGGAAUCCAAAACGGGUCACCACGCGUCACAAAAAACAGCUGAAGAAAAACUGUAGAUUGAGUUGCUAGAGGAGUGACAGCCAGGAGCCCUGACUCCACUUCCUUUGGUCCAGUUUUACUCUGCUACAAGGCAGAUUCCAAAACUGGCUCAGCACCUUGCAUGUAGUUGAGCCACAUUUUAAAAAUAAAGGCUUUUUUAAUCUA